AUGGAGGCCCCCAUCAUAGCACGAGAAUCCGUACAGGAUCAAAUCAACCAGCCCACUUUCGUCCCCGCCGAUCAAAUCGACUCGACGUUUAAGUCUAACAGCAUAGACCUCAUCAACAAAGCCCUCGGCUCCCGCAUCCUCUCCUUCUCCGACGAAUGGUUCGCCGCCGCCGAUAACCUCACAACCCCAACCCCGCCAAUCCGCAAACCGGGCGUCUUUACCUACGCCGGCGCCUGGUACGAUGGAUGGGAGACGCGACGCCACAAUGUAGAAGAGUUCGAUUGGGUUGUAAUACGUCUCGGCGUAGCGUCAGGAAGAGUAAAGGGUGUGGAAGUCGACACCGCCUUCUUCAACGGCAACCACGCACCCGAAAUCGCAGUCCAGGGCGUCUUCAUCGACGACGAUGCGAAGGAGGAAGACGUCAAGACGAAGGACUUCUGGGACACACACGGCGAGACAUUUCUCAGCAAGCAGGAAUGCGGCUCUUCCCAACGACAUGGCUGGCUUCUUUCCCAAAUUACAGAGAAAGCCUACACACAUGCGAGAUUGCUGAUGUACCCCGACGGCGGCAUAGCUCGCUUCCGUCUCUUCGGCCACGCACUUCCCAUCUUCCCAGCCGACAUUUCCACGACCUUCGACCUUGCGGCUACUGUUAAUGGCGGUCUCGCCAUCGCCUGCAGCGACCAACACUUUGGCACGAAAGAUAACCUUCUCCUCCCCGGCCGGGGCGUGGAUAUGGGAGAUGGGUGGGAGACGAAGCGGAGUCGUGGUGAACAUGUUGAUUGGGUGAUCAUUAAGCUGGGGACGCCGGGUAUCAUAGAGAAGCUGGUUGUGGACACGGCGCAUUUCAGAGGCAAUUUCCCGCAGAAAGUUCAAGUCUUUGCAGCGCCGGACGGUGUGGCGCCAAAACAUGAUGAUUCAGUGUGGAAGGAGGUCUUGGAGCCGCAGAAGACGGGGCCGGACGCGGAGCAUGAGUACGCAAAAGAGGUGUUGAAGGGGGUGGAGGGGACGAUGUUUGGAUAUGUGAAGCUGGUGAUUAUACCGGAUGGGGGCGUGAAGAGGAUUAGGGUCUUUGGGCGGAGGGGGUAG